GAAGACAGUGGCGUACACAAGGGGUGAAUGUCUAGGGUGCAAAAGUACCCCAAGACCAUCACCCACCCAUCCAGCCCUUCUACAACUGGCAGCAGUGCAAACUGAAUCAACUAGGCUAUACUUUGUCUGAUCAUGUCACUAUUCUUGCUGGACAGAAAUGCUUCCAAGUCCCAGUGGAGGAGACACAACUUGAAAUUCUUACAAAACUCUAAACAUGCCAGUUGCAGUUCAGACUGAUUUCCCCUGCUAAGGCUAUAUUUGAAGAGUUAAAAAGGAAAAUUCAAUGCAGCUGCACUUCUAUUUAUUUGACAAUGUUUUAUGUGAUAUAAUAAGAUGGGGUUUUUUUUGUCCUGAAGUGUUUGGAGUUGACAAGAUGGGUCACAGAAGUGUUUUCUACCCGGCCAGGAAAGUGCCUGUGCAUGCCACAGUGGAAUAAAAAGACGACUAAACUACUUUUUCCCCUCAACAGCAUUACAUAAACCUCAGAAAAUCAUGUUCAAAAUAAGCCAUCUGAUUCUGCUUUAACUGAGCUCUGGUGUUUGCAACAAGUGGGUUGAUGGACAGAGCGCGUUUGGUUUUCAUUAGAUUGUCUCGACACUGACCCCCUGCCCCAUCUACAGUAAUAUGAAACCAGCCCUCUGGCAGUCGCACUGUACGGAAGAGAGCCGAGCAGAGCUGAUGCAGUCUGCACUGCUUUCACUACCCGGUCCGCAGGCUGGACUGCGCUACCGCACACAGCACCAGAAGCUCCCCGAGUACUGACACGCAUGACCGAAACGCGCAAUGGCCAAGAAGUAGUGUUCACGGGCAUAGAUGGUAAACCUGUGUAGUGUUCGCAGAGGGAUUAUUUGUGGAGUUUUUCUUUUCCUGGAGGUGUUACACACAGCCAUGGUGUGCUGUCAGACUCCCAGAAGUUUACGCAGGGGCGACUGGAGCUUCGCUGCUCUGCUGGCUGCUGCGCUGCUCACUCUUCUGUUCGCAGGGAUGCAACAAACCACAGCGUUUCCCUCCUGGAGGUUAGAGGAAGAACCUUACACCAAUGUGCUGCUCAUUGGGAUCCGCAAAGAGGCCCGGUCACAAGUUCUACACCUCUCCAGGAACAAGCGCUACACCCUCACCCCGGAGCAGCUCAAGUGGGACAAGUUCAGGCUAACAUACAAGUUGCUCUCCUUCCCUACAAACCUGAUAAAUGCCAGUGACACGCGUCGAGGCAUUGCCAGGGCUUUUGGCAUGUGGAGCGACGUCUCGCCGUUCAGCUUCAGAGAGGUGCCAGCUGACCAAGAGGCAGACAUUAAAAUCGGCUUCUACCCCGUCAACCACACAGACUGUCUGCAGUCCUACUUGCACCAUUGUUUCGACGGCAUCACAGGAGAAUUGGCUCACGCAUUCUUCCCGCCAACUGGCGAGAUCCACUUCGACGACCACGAAUACUGGAUUCUGGGAAACAUGCGCUUUAGCUGGAAGAAAGGGGUUUGGCUGACUGAUCUUGUCCAUGUGGCAACUCAUGAAAUUGGCCACGUCCUGGGACUCAUGCACUCUUUGGACCCGAAAGCUAUAAUGCACCUGAAUGCGACUCUGACAGGGCGCAAGCUAAUCACACAGGAUGAGGUGUGGGGUUUGCACCGUCUCUACGGAUGUUUGGACCGGUUCUUUAUCUGUCCGGCCUGGGCUCGGAAAGGCUAUUGCGACAGCAAGCGCAAGCUGAUGCAGAAGCACUGCCCCUCCAGCUGUGAUUUCUGUUACGAAUUCCCUUUCCCCACUGUGGCUCCCACCCCGACACCCCUGAGGACCAAACACAAGCUGGUCGUCGAGGGGAAGAAGCUCACUUUUCGCUGCGGGAAGAAAAUAGCAUCGAAGAAAGGCAAAGUAUACUGGUACAAGGAUGGGGAGCUGCUGGAGUUCUCGCACCCAAACUACGUCUCCUUGAAAGAUGACCACAUUACUAUAGUGGCCAACGCCAUCAACGAAGGCACAUACACCUGCAUUGUGAAGAAAAAGGACAAAGUUCUCACAAAUUACUCGUGGAGAGUACGUGUGCGCUUCUGAAGGCCACGCCAGCGCCAGCGCCAGCUCCUCCGCACACUUUUCAGGACGCAUUCACACACGGUCACAAGGAGACCUCAUUCACUAGGGCACAUAUUUCUGAUUUUUAAAUACUGUCUUUCCUGUAUCUCCCACAUACAACUGUCUAUCGUUGUCAUUGUGUUAAGGCGUUUCAUCAAUAUGUGCAAAUAAUAAAUGUUCCGUGACAAGUUGAAUUUUAGUGAAAAUACUACCUGACUGUGAAAAGCUGUUCAUGACAGAUGUUGCGGUUUUCAUUUUAUUUGGUGAUGAAAGAUCCUUGCAGCCCUUGCAGUCAGCUGUUUGAGACAAUAACGUCUGCUCUGGAUUCAUCAGGCCUGGAUUUCUUCAAAGCUUUUGCUGCUGAGGCAGUGAUGAGGUCCAAGGCCACCCAGGGGUUCUUGGGGCGUCUCCAUUAAAACGGGAACUAAUUAGAUAUCACUGUGGCUUAAUUGAAAAUAUAUUAGGCAAGUUGGAGAAGGUAUAGGAGUAACUUCUCAUAUACACUGAACACAAAAUCUCCCACUAUAGGUCCCCGGGGAGUGUGUCAUCCAAAAGAUAUCCAUGUCCAUAAUGUGUUCCGUUCUACAGGCUUGAAAAAGUUACAGAAGCCCUUGCUUAGAUGCAUGCCAUUUGAAUAAUUUACGCACUGACCAAAGUAAGCUACGAAAGCCAGAAUAAGCAAUGUUGUCUACAGCCUUUGGAACUAUUUGGACGUAAAACCGCAUAUGGAACACCUCAGACGUCUAGCUUACUUUACUAGCCUCACAGUGAAGCCAGCAGUCUGCCUCCAGAGACUGAGCAGUCAGUUCCACUAGCAGCUCUCCUUCCAAGCUUAUUCAACACAUCAGGUGUAAUAAUCUGCAGAAGGGCUCCAGUGGGGGCAGGGGAUAGAUAAAACUGAUUAAUGAACAUUUCCAUUUGGUGCCGGCUCUAGACGUCCCAAGACGAAGGGAUUUUUCUGCGCCUGUUCCAGUGAAAGCAGCAAGUGGUCUUUGCAGGGAAUGAAACUGUACUGUUUAUUUUUCUUCGGCUCAAAAUCAAAGAAUUUAUUGGUUUAAUUCUGAAGUCGUAGAGCCAUUUAAAAACAAAAGCAGAGAGAAGUCUGGGCCCCUUUUCUCCUGAAAGAACAAAGUACUGAGACAAAGUGUGCAGUGCAAAGAAUGACAUCACUUUUGGACAGCGACUACCAAGUUGGGUUCAAGGCUGGAUUUUUUUUUUUUUUUUUUUAGGCUCAACUUCCCUUCAUUUUUUUUCCUCCUCUGGCAGCGUGCGGUUGUGUUUGAAUAACUUGGACCGAGUUUAUAAAUAUAGGGAAAACGGCAGACAAAACAAAGUUUCAAACUUUAUUUCUAGCAAAAACAUUGUCCCCCUGUCAUCAAGUGACCCAACAGUACUGAGUAAAUUUCUAACAUAAUGCUGGAUGGAAAACACAGCCAAUGCUGCAUCAUUAUACAGUAGCUCAGGCAGCCAGGAAAUACCAACCAUUUACUAAAUCUGGUUCUCUCUCAUGAAGUAUAAAAGGGAAAAUAAAACAAAAGUCAAACAUGAGAGCUAAACUUCUAACAGAUGUAUGGUUGUGUCUCCUCUUUAAGAGCUAAAAUGACCACAUUUAAAAUGGCGAAAUGGCUCGAAAAUACAGAAAAGAAGCCGACAAGUGAAGGGAAAACACUGGAAAUUCAACAUGUUUGAGCCACCAGUCUUUGCUGUGAGACAGUCCUGACUAUUUAGUAACAGUUGCAAUGACCAGGCAUUGAUUGGGUUUACAGUUGUAAACCAGUGACACUGUCCAGUUCCAAAACAACAACCAGUCCGAGAACUCCCCCACACCCUCUUUCUCAGCGAGACCGCCAGGGGUCCUGCAGUUUUUGGGCUCAGAAUUUGAGGCUGAAACCUGGACCGACGGCAGAUGCUCCCUGGUUGCUUGUUGUCAGGUGGAAGCCUGUGUCUCUCAGGUCGUCAUCACCCUAGAGAGAUUAUGGAGACAAAGUUAGCUCAUGGUUAACGCCUAGUUGGUUUCAUCACUGCUUUGUUAUCAAGCGGUUUCAUUUCUUACAUAUUUAUAACAGAACUGAUCAAUACUACACUGGUUACUUUUGGGAAACCCUUAACAUGGAUGGAUUGUAAUGAGACAUUUGACUGUAUUCCACACAAGUAUGCAUGAACAUGUUUAUUAAUAUUAUUAAUAAAGUUAUUAUUUUCCUGGGUGUCAGUGGAGUUUUACUGUCCCAAGGUCUGCUUCACAAGCUUUUCCACCCUGAUAAGAAUAAAACUGGAGAUAAACAACCAA